GCAAGAUCAGGGGACCUAAACGACCAUUAUGCUUUUCGGCAUAGUUUUCCUCGCAUUCAAUCUACAAUUUCAUUUUGUAAAUGGACUCCUCAAUGGGCACCACACGUUCACCACCAUUACACCCUCUUCUUCAACGGACCGAACGAAUUCAGACACGAAUACUCUACAUCAAUUAUUGACUCAGGAAUUUUUGGAACUCGAGAAAUCAACACGAUCACUUAUUCAAAAAGUGUCCGUCUUGGAAAUCAAAAACUCUUACUUUGAACAAGAACUUCAAAAGCAAAGAGCGGAGAUAGACGUAUUAAAACAAGAAAAUUACAAUUUAAACCGAACAUUUCAGCAACAAAGCACCAUUGUUGCCGGGCUACGGAAGGAUUUGCAAACGUGUAUGCAAACAACAAAUGUAUUGAAGCAGGAAGUUGAAUUUUCACAGAAAAAUAUUACCGUUUUAUCAGAUUGCUGUGAAGACAACAAAUGGAACUUGUCCUCGAUAGUUGACAGAAUAGAUUUGGUCAAAUCAUCGAUAUUGCAACAGGUGAAAAUAGAUGAAGCAAUCGAACGAGAUAAAUUAUCAAAUGUUUCAAAUAUGAUUGACAGAUUGAAUACUCAGAAUCGUUACAUUGCACUGUCUCUUUUUGAGUUGCAAUUGAACAUUUCGAAUUUAGAUGGGUCUUUGUCAAGUGUCGUUUCAGACAUGUAUCAGAAUGUUUCCUUUCAAAUGGAUAUGGUACACAGAAACAUCAUUGAAUAUGUUAAUAACUCUAUUUUUGGAGUGAAUAGGACUGUCACAAAAAGCACCAAAGAUGUGGCAUCAAUUGCAUCAUCCAUCCUGAACCUAAAUUCAUCCUUUCAUAACUUUGUUUCAGAACAUGGAGGCAAAAUUGGCUUUACAGCUCUGCUGCAUGCUGACGUUAAUGUUCACUCAGGACAAACUAUCAAAUGUACCAUGGUGAAGAACAAUUAUGGAUCGCUUUAUGAUAGCAACACAGGAAUUUUCAAAACGGAUAGGCCUGGACUUUUCAUGUUCUUCUUUAGCAUUGAGUGCAAAAAUGGAAAUGUUGGCGUUGAUCUUCUUCGAGAUGGAUCUGUAAUCAGUGAGAAUUUCUGCGAAUCGGAUAGUCAAUAUGCACAAUCCAGUGCUGCGGCCGUGACAAGUCUUUCUUCAGGUUCAGCGGUAUGGAUAAAGAUACAAGACAACCCAACAUCUCAGAUUCAUGGGAAAACUUCAUUUGUCGGAGUACAAUUAAAAUAGAACGUUGAGAAAAUGUGGUGAAGUUUGUAUAGUAUUCUUUCAAAUUAUUUUCACGUACGCUUUAUCAAUGAUGAGUAAAACUGGAGGAACGGUACAACACAUGAUGGACUAUAUUUCAAGAUGUAAUAAUGACUUUUUUCUACCAUACCCUACAGUAAUUUGAUGUAUGGUAUAUAUAUAUAUAUAUAUAUAUAUAUAUAUAUAUAUAUAUGCUGAUGAUUACAUGAUAUCAUAUUACUAAUCCCGAAUCAUUUGAUUUGUUAACUCCCAAAAAAUGCAUUCUAAUUUUACUAUUUGAUAUUUAAAAACAAAUAUAUCAUAUGUACAUGAACUGAUAAUAAACUGUUACCGUACUUCUUACAAUUGUAAACAUUGUCAGUUUAGAAUAGAAGUAACUACCUUAGACAUUUAGUUAUGUUGAUAAUUCAUGAAAGGUGAAGAUAACGAACAGUGAUCGAUCUCAUAACUCCUAUAAGCAAUACAAAAUAGAUAGUUGGGCAAACACGGACCCAUGGACACACCAGAGGUGAAAUCAGGUGCCUAGGAGGAGUAAGCAUCCCCUGUCGACUGGUCACACCUGUCGUGAGCCCUAUAUCCUGAUCAGGUAAAUGGAGUUAUCCGUGCCAAGAACGGCCUAAUAAUCAAUAUGAAACACGUCAGACAGCAUUUGAUUUAAUGAUAGGUUGUAUUGAUGAACUAGAUCGUUAUAACGACCAUAGAAUUUGCAAAAUGCUGACUUCAAUCGAAAUUGUUGAAACCCCUGCACCAUCAACUUGUUUGUCAGUGGCUUGCCUCGAUUUAAAUACUGACUAUACGCAACACAAGCUCUUGUGUAUCGAACCAGUUGAGAAAUAUAAACACCAUAUGCAGGUGAUAAUGGAAUAUUGCUACAUAAAUAUGGGAAGUUGACGAUGGAAAAAUUGUAGUCGUUCCGUUUGUCAUAAAGCAGAGUUCUUCGUUUGCCGUUGACAUUUAUUUUCAUGAUAUAUCCAGAUAUAAAGCAGAUAUGGAAAACUCCGUGUUUGCGGCGAGUACACUUGGAUAUAUCGAAUAGACAUAUGGAUUAAAAUGUGUAUUGUUAAUUGAUAAAAUAUCGAUAGAUGUAUAUCUUAAUGUUUUUUAAACUAUAUUUUGUUUGAUUCUGAAUGAGAUUUGGUAACAGAAGGAACCUAUGUUAGCGCUUUCCCUAAUGUUCAUGUUGAGUUGAAAGCCACAACAAGAUAUUUGUUCUCGAGAGACUGUUAGAAGACCCUAUCUACGUAGAUAUUGUCAAUGAAAAUCUCAAGAAUCUUUUUAAUAUCAAUUUUAGAGUACUUGAACGUAGGAUCAUGAUGGUGUUUAGCAAAGUCAUUAUUUGGAU